AUGUCGACCCUCGCAGCGGCAAACCCAACCACCACCACCAGCACCACCUCAUCCGACCUCAACUCCCGCCCCAUGGGAGCCAGUGGUUACCGGCCCCACUGCCCCCAAAUCAUGUGGGCGAACCCCAUCGCCACAGCGCCGGAUCCCUUCCAGUUGGCGAUGGAGCGGUUGAAGGCGGAUUCUAGGAAUUUGAAAUCCGAAUACGGAGAGGUGUUUGAGGGGAAGAAGAAAGAACGACGUACGACGAUUAGGUGGGCGGAUCCGAUUGCUACGGUUGCGGACCCGAUGGCGGGGUUUGGGCGGAGGUUUGGUGAUGAUUGUGGAGGUGUGGAGGGUGAUGAUGUGGUGGUGGCUGAGAAGAAUGUUCGCGGAAGGAGUGUCGCCUGGGCGAAUCCUAUUGCUACUGUCAAGGAGCCGGCUGAGGAGGAGGGGGUGAGGCGAAGGGUUGUGGUGUUUGGGUGUGAGAAGGUCGUUUUGAGUAGGAAGAAGACGAUUAGUGGAAGGGUUGAGAUGGACGACAUGACAUAUGAAGACUUUGAUGAGGGAGGGUGCUCGCCGUGCAGUUCGACGAGGCUUGUUGGCCGCGUUUCGAUCAUCGGCGAGGAUGGGGGAAAGACAGCCACGCCCAUCGUGACUGUUCGCGAGGUUCGCGUCGGAGGAAGGGGCUGGUUUAAGGGGUUGAUUCGGAAUUGCAAGAAUGAAGUUGCGUGGUUGUGCGCUUUUAACGAGAAGCCGUUGACGGAGGAGCAAAUGCCUUUGCUGCGGCGCGAGGAUGGGAUGAAGAGGACUUCUUCAAAACCGGCGCCGUGCUAUGCGUACAGUAUGGCGUGUGGCUUCUGUGUGUUGGUGUUUGGCGUCAUGGCGUGGGUGUUCUGUUCUUAA